AUGAUCACGGACUCGCCAAUUUUAAAAAAGCACGCAUCAUCUAAAAAAAGCACAAGGAUAGUAUCUCUGACGCUGAUUUUCCUCGGGAUAGUAAGCUUUCUAGUGUUUACAUGGGACGACUCCUUAGAAUUUUACAAUAACGCUACGGGCCUUAACGACAGUAACGAUAGCAACGAGCAAGGGAGCGCGAAGAGAUUGAUUUACAAGCUACCAAACUUAUUAAAGACCGCAGACGGUCUUCCAGAUAAGAAAGAAAAUGAAUUGAAUAUUUUAAAAGUCAAAGAAGAAAUCUCGCAUAUCCAAAGUGAAGUCGAGGUCGAUAUCCCGGCACCCGCAUUUGAGUCUACAACAUCGUCUUUAUCCACAGCAUUCCAAAAAGAUGUGCCCGCGCCCAGAACAGCUACAUCAACAGUGCCCUCAUCCUCAUCCUCUAUUAUCUUGAAAAGAAACAUCAACCAAAAGAAAUUCGACCCCAAAGUGAGCUUUCUUGACAUCAUAAAUACCUCGCCAGCUGUGCUAUUUAUUAUGUCAUCACAAACGGACUCUGUUUUUUUGAGAAGCUUAUUACAAAAAGAACUUGAGAUUUCACCUGAAUUGGCUAUUGUCGAUUUGGAAAAACAUUCUCAUGGUUAUGAAUUAGAAAAGUAUAUCAAGCAAAAUAAACUGGACAUAGACCCCAGUACUGCCUUGGAAACCAUCCACUCGCCCUACUUGUUUUUGAAUGGCAUUUCCGUAAUAAACAACGGAAUAGCAAGAGACAUAAUCGAGCCUCAUUCAAAGGGGUUGUUACUAUCAGUUUUAAAGUCCGAAGCCCGCGGUAACUUACUCAUUGAAAAGAAAGACAUCCCUUCCAAUUCAUGA